UUGCAAUGGCGUUCAAAGUGCAAUUACUUUACUUAUUAAUUUUGGGCUAAAAACACCUCGAAAAAUGCCGCUGAAAGGCAUUAAGGUGUUGGAAUUCGUAGGCCUAGCUCCGGGACCAUUAUGUGGCAAGAUCCUAAGAGAUUUUGGGGCCACCGUCACCCGAAUUGAUAAGGUUCUCGAAAACCCAUUGGACGUACUGCAGCACGGAAAACGCACUAUAAGUGUGGAUCUGAAGAAUGCAAAGGGUCAGCAGUUGGUGCGCCAGUUGGCCAACAAGUACGAUGUGCUUAUUGAACCUUUUCGACCGGGUGUUAUGGAGAAACUUAACUUGGGUCCCACGGAACUGUGUAAAGCGAAUCCCCGCCUGAUUUACGCCCGUCUCACAGGCUUUGGACAGCACGGAAGAUUGGCUCCACGGGCGGGUCAUGACAUCAAUUAUGCUGCAAUAUCGGGAGUACUUUCCAUGCUGGGCAGGCGGCAUGAGAAGGUCACUGCACCCAUAAAUCUUCUAGCCGAUUUCGCUGGUGGCAGCGUGAUGUGCGCCUUGGGAAUUUGUCUUGCCCUCUUGGAGCGCCAUAACUCCGGAAGAGGUCAAGUGGUGGAUGCUUCAAUGGUGGAGGGAGCUGCCUAUGUGGCCAGUUGGCUAUUUAUGUCCCGAAAUCUUGGCAUUUGGGGGCGAGAGCGCGGUGAGAACCUCAUCGAUGGGGGCUCAUAUUUCUACGAUACCUAUGAGACCAAAGACGGUCUAUAUAUGUCAGUGGGCGCCCUGGAACCGCAGUUCUUUGAACUACUUAAACAGCGUUUGCAACUGCCCGAAGACCUCGCCCAGUUUGGCGACGAACAUCAAGAUCGGGGAAGGAAACUGCUAACGGAAGCCUUUCUAUCCAAAACCCAAGCGGAAUGGUCGCAGAUAUUCGAGGAUAUAGAUGCCUGUGUCUAUCCCGUGCUGGAUUACCGAGAGGUUCACAAACACCAUCACAAUAAGGAGAGGAACUCGUUUGAGAUUAUUGGGGAUACGCCUGCUCCACGUCCAGCUCCACUGCUAAGUAGAACUCCUGGAAAGUUGCCCAAGGCAACUGAUAAUAAACAGCUGGAACUGAUAGAUGAAUUGGAUCUUGAGCCCCAGGAAUUGAGGGACUUGCUGGAUUCGGGAGUACUUACACUUCCUGAAAAAGCCAAACUGUAGUACUCAAAACCGCAAUUUAAGAAGCCAUCCCAAUUAAAACACAUUUAUUUUUGUUGCUCUUGCA